GCAACAAGUCUAUGAUGGAUCAUCAUAGGCUUGUGCAGUUAUUAAAAAAAGCCCUAGAGCUCAGUGAAAUUUUCUGAUCAUUUCAUGGAUGCUUUGGAGUGGAUUCAAUUUCUGCAUUUUUUUCCGGCAAGUCCAAAACCAUUCAAGUAUCUUCAACCAAGUUAAAGGCCAUGUCCAUGACUUCCCAUAGCCUUAUAAUUCUUGGUUUGUUCUUCUCCCUACCCUCCACCAUUGCCCUCUACCUCACAACCGCAAGAGAGGUGUACGAGCUCCCGACGCCAGCUACUUCUCAGAAGACCGAUACCGGAGUUACAACAGACCUUUCAUGGCAGAGAAGAAGAGUCUGGCAUCACCGGCAUCACCUGAGAAAUGUUCACGGGAUCCUAAACAUCAUAGGAUGGGGCACACUCCUGCCCCUAGGGGCGAUCAUCGCUCGAUACUUCAGAAAAUUCCCCAUGGAAUGCAGUGAAUGGUUCACCCUUCACAUACUGUGCCAAACUCUGGGGUAUCUUCUGGGAUCAUUGGGAUGGGCCAUUGGUAUAUGGCUUGGAAACUCCUCAAUAAACUACACUUUUCACAGUCACCGGGUUCUCGGCAUCAUUAUCUUCACAUUUUCAACUCUCCAAAUGUUUUCUAUUGCUCUGCAGCCGAGGAGAGAAAACAAGUGCCGCAAGUACUGGGAAAUAUGCCAUCGUCUUCUGGGAUAUGUGCUGAUGGUGCUGAUUAUGACCAACAUUUUUGUAGGGAUCAACCAUCAAAGCCCAGCUGCAAAAUGGAUCUGGUUUUACGUGGGAGUUCUUGUGGUUAUGGGUUUGGUUUCCAUCGCAUUGGAAAUCGUCAGAUGGAUUAAGCUUGUACAGAACCAGACUGUGUUGUUGAACAGUAGCAUCUAUGCUGCUAAUUCCUAAUCAAAUGAAAUGAAUUCAAUUCCUCAAGAGAAUUAGAAUUUCCUAUUGUAA